AUGAAAAACAAGCAGCUUCGUGUACAGCUUAUCAAGUCUUCUUGGCCUAUUCUGAAUUUCUUCUCGGCGAAUGGGCAAACCUACAGCCUGCCAAUGCGAGCCGCGAGCCGGGACCUGCCUCAUCUGCCAUCUGAGCCCAUGCUGGCCUACUUGGCCGGCUUCUUUGAUGGAGAUGGCUGCGUUUCUUGUGCGACAGGGUUGUCGGGGUGCUAUUUGUCAGUGGCGCAGUCCUUCGACCAGGCCGAAGUCCUCAUGCUCUUUUAUGAGACGUUUGGGGGGAGCAUCACGCUGCAGCGUGGUGGCAUGGGCCUGCAGAAACCUACUCUUCGUUGGAUGGCAUGUGGCCAGUCUGCCCGAAACGCUGCUCAGCUCUUGGCCCGACGAAGCAUCACCAAACGGAAGCAGCUCCUGCUGGCGGUCGAGUGGCCCGAUGAAGAGUCGUGCAGAGAGGAGUGCAAGGCCGAGCUGCGUGCCCUGAAGGAGUACGACUCGGCGGUUGCUGGUCCGUGUAGCUGGGAGUAUUGUGCUGGUUUCUUUGAUGCAGAGGGCUGCAUCCAGCAGCAGCUCGGAGCAGCCUCACUGGUCUUGCGGAUUGCGCAAAAGCAUCCACGGGUCCUGGAGUGCCUUCGCGAGCUUUUGGCGGGAAGCUUAGGCAAAGAUGCGGCACUCGCAAAGGUGGGAGGGCCUGCACAUGUGCUUAGGGUUUACGGUCUGACCUCCUGCAAGCAGAUACUGCAGCACCUCUUGGCUGCUGGACUGUUGCGCAAAGCAGAACAAGCGAAGCUGGUUUUGGGCUUGACACCGGAGACUGCGGCCCAAGUUGAUGCUGAGCUGGGGCGCUUCACUGGGAACCAAAUGUUUGGGAAGAAGCUGGGCGCUGUUGGGCAAGAGAGGGCCAGGAAGAUCAGUGUGACUCAAGCACAGGCUGCUCGCUUUGGAAAGCUCGGGCGGUUGGCAGAAGCUGCAGCCAAGCUGAACGAGAUUGAAGUGCUCAAGGCGGAGCACGAGCUGCUCAAAGCCUGCCGCGAAAACCAGCAGUUGGUGGAAUAUAUGCGCAAAGUGCAGAGUUUGCACUCCAAUUCGUGGGAAGGCCCGAUUGCCCACGGCAUGUGA